UGGGUAACUCAAACACGCACGCAGCCAUCGAUUGAGCAAAUCCGAAGUUGAAGUGCGAGUUCGAAUGUUUCAAAUUUUGUAAACCCUAACCUAAAGCCUUUGACUUUGUUCAAUUCUUCAAUAUGAGUAUGACCCAAUUCGCCAUGGUUGAGGAAUUGGCUUUUCUUGUUAAGGACAAUCUUCCUUGCAAGCAUCUAGUUCUCACAAUGGAAGAAGCCUUAAUUAACUUUCUUCAGGAUGAUGACACAAGUUCAGACGGGAUCUUGGAAUUGGAGCCAAUGAACUCUUACAAUCGCCUUCUCUUGCAUCGCCUUGCUGAGAUAUUUGGGUUUGCACAUGAAUCUGUUGGUGAAGGAGAUGAUCGCCAUCUGAUUCUGGAGAGAUGUCCAGAUACAUCUAUACCUCCAAUCCUUGUUAGUGAUAUCCUAUGGAAGUAUGAUGAACCUCAAUCUUUGAUUACGUCACACCAAAUAUUAAGGAGGAAAGAAGCCUCUCCAGUCUCAGAGACAAACACAGCAUCCUUUCAGCAGUCACUGGAGGAGAGAAAAGCAGCUUAUUUAGUUGCUCGUGAGCGAAUUUUCUCUAUGAAUUUGGAAGAUGAAAAAGAGCCUGGUGAACAAAAGCCACGAAGUGUGCCUGUGGUUGCCCGUAGAAUGAUUGCACAUGCAUUGGGUCAAAGAAUCCAUACAAAGAAUCAGAAUGACUUGGCUACUGAUAGUAUGAAGGAUAGAGUGCUCACAGAUGAAUUAAAUGACCAAGAUAAGAAUUGUGAAGUGUCCAAUCUCACAAAAGAUUCUGAAGAGUCCUUACACCAGAGAAAAAACUUAAACAGCGGAAUAAGAAACACUAGCAGUUCUAAUGCAGCCUCACUUAAUAAAAGGAAUGAUCAAACACCAGUUGACAAAGAUUUGCCACAAUUCUCUCAAGAUGGAAAACGAGGACAAAGUGUAAGUAAAGACUACAUGAAGAAGGAGAACUUAGGAGCUGCAAAGAGAAUGUUUGCUCAUGCUUUGGGAGUACCCUCUGGGAAGGAUGGUUCUGUUUCUAGAAAUAGAAGUGGAGAAAUAAAAAAGAAUUAGCACAGAAGGUUAUGAAAUCUUUAAAGCCGAAUGAUAUUCUGUUGCUCCAAAUGGACCUUGGCAGGUGCUCCGCAGGUUUCAAUAACAAUCACGGAGAUGAGUAAUGAACAUGCUAUCCUCAAAAUUCUGAUAAAUUAUUCACAGGAGAUUCGUGCAAAAGACUAUACUAGAAUCAUGUUGGUUGCUUAGUUCUUCCCUGUUUGUGUUGGAGUAACUUGACUAGCAGCCCCAAUCAAAAGGCAUCCAGAAAGAACUAUCCAGAAUCAUGGUUGACCUGUUUUAGCUAUGGACGAAGCUGAGUGAAUAGGUUGUGGUGUUUUGGCCUGUCAUCUAAAUGUUGUAAGACGUGCAAUUCCAGUGUGUUUAUUUUAUUCUGUCAACAUGUAGGUUUUCAUUAUAGCUGUUCCCCAAGGCCAGGGGCAAGUACGUGAUUUCCCUAUCAUGGAGGGUGUUAUGUAUGGUAUUUAAAAUCAUAAGUUUGUUGAGUUUAUCUUGUUUAGAAAAAUUCCAAAUGUCUUCUUGUUCCCCUUUUCCUUUUGCUGUAAC